AUGCUUCAGGCUCACAAUAAUUAUAGAGUACAACACUGUGUACCACGACUUGUACUCAAUGAUGAUCUUAGUCGAUCAGCUCAAUCCUAUGCCGAAUAUCUUGUCAAAAGUGGCACAUUGGCUCACAGUGAUAAUAGAAAUGAUAUUGGCGAAAAUCUUUAUAAAGCGUAUAACUCAAAGUGUUUAAAACAAAUGAACGGUAAGACACGAUAUACUAUUUAA